AUGCAGGUUCCAGGUGCCCCAUUGCCUUCUGGAGUUGUGCCUCGUGAAAAAAAGAAGAAGGGGGUUGAUGAUGUUGUGGACUGGCUUAGGAAGAAUGGUGCUCCAGAAGAUGUCCCUGAUGAACCCACCCUUGAAGCCCUAUCAAAUCUGACGGGGGUCCCAAUGCCCAAGAAGGAUACACCCAAAGACAAGAAAAAGUUUAUGGAGGAUAGUGUAGACUGGCUUCGAAAGAACAAACCAGAUACAUCCAAGCUGGAUGAGCCCACUCUUGAUAGUUUGUUGCAGGUUCCCGGUGCUCCCAUGCCAUCUGGUGUUGUUCCUCGUGAGACAAAGAAGAAAGGUGUUGACGAUGUACUUGAUUGGCUGAGAAAGAAUGGUGGUCCAGAGGAAGAGCUGGAUGAACCCACUCUUGAAGCCCUAUCAAAUCUGACUGGUGUCCCAAUGCCCAAGAAUGACACACCAAAGGAUAAGAAGAAGUUCAUGGAUGAUGCUGUUGACUGGUUGAGAAAGAACCAACCUGAUACGGCGAAGCUAGAUGAACCCACUCUGGACAGCUUGAUGCAGGUACCUGGUGCUCCCAUGCCAUCAGGUAUUGUCCCUCGUGAGAAGAAGAAAGAGGGUGUUGAGGAUGUUGUUGAUUGGUUUAGGAAGAAUGGUCCACCAAAGGAUGAGAUUGAUGAACCUACUUUGGAGGCCCUAGCAACUAUGACUGGAUUCCCACUUCCUAAGAAACUGGCUCCUGAUUCCAAGCAAUUGAUGGAUGAUGUGGUUGACUGGUUACGAACCAAUAAACCAGACACUUCCAAGCUUGAUGAGCCAACUCUUGACAGUAUCAUGCAGGUACCAGGUGCCCCUAUGCCUUCUGGAGUUGUGCCUCGUGAAACAAAGAAAGAGGGGGUUGAUGAUGUUGUGGACUGGCUAAGGAAGAAUGGUGCUCCUGACGAUGUCCCUGAUGAACCCACCCUUGAAGCCCUAUCAAAUCUGACGGGUGUCCCAAUGCCCAAGAAGGAUACACCAAAGGACAAGAAGAAGUUUUUGGAGGAUAGUGUAGACUGGCUGCGAAAGAACACACCAGAUACAUCCAAGCUUGAUGAACCUACUCUUGACAGUCUAAUGAACAUACCUGGUGCACCUGUGUUGCCUGGUGUGGUAUCUCGUGAGACAAAGAAGACAGGUGUUGACGAUGUACUCUACUUGAUUGGCUGA